CCCCAACAGCCAUUGCAUCCACAGCCUUCAGCUCUCACCCAGGAGCUGCAUCCCAGUGCUGGUGGCAGCAGAAGAGCUCUGGCAGCCCAGGAAGCACUGUGGGGAGGCAGCAUAGCGCUUGCAGAGAUCUAGAGAAGGAGACUCAGUCUCGUCAAACGUUUGUCAAGCCAUCUGUUUGGUGUGGUACUAAGGAAUAUCCAAGUAAUCAGACAGAGGGAUCUGAGAGAGGCGUGUACCUGCCACACACAGCAGCCCAGCGAUGAGUGAGACCCCAGCCACCAACCUCAACACUGGAGAUGCUCCAACCGGUCCCACUACACCACGCAAGGGGCCUCCCAAGUUCAAGCAGAGACAAACAAGGCAGUUCAAGAGCAAGCCUCCUAAAAAAGGAGUAAAAGGGUUUGGAGAUGACAUCCCAGGCAUGGAGGGACUGGGCACAGAUAUCACAGUGAUUUGCCCAUGGGAAGCUUUCAGCCAUCUGGAACUGCACGAGCUGGCCCAGUUUGGGAUCAUCUAAGGUGCCAGCAUCACGACUGGUGUCACCUGGUGACUCCACAGAUUCCAGCAUGGUUUUCACCACCUUUGAAGCUUUUUUUUUGGCCCUUAUGCCCAGUUUCUCAUGGGCAGGGUGGAUUUGUAAGAGCUAGUUAUGAGAAAGUCCUUUGCAGAUUAAUUUGGCAAAGAAGUUAUUCAGGACCCUGAACAGACCUUGUGCUCCGUGUGAUGAAACUACUGAAAAAUGUCUUAAUGCCUCCCUGCAUCAUGUCCUGUCUUCUCCCACUGUUGUAGAUCUUCACAUGUAUGGAGAUAAGGGAAGGCUAUAUUUGAACUUUUCCCCU